UAAGGGAGGGGGUGUGCGCGUUCCUUGUCAGUUUUGGAGUUCCUGGCAUCUCACCUCCGCUCCCCGGCAUCUGGGUCGCGCUUCCCGCCAAGGCUUUUUCCUCCUCUGCCAGCCGAGAGCCUCUGCCCACCCCGCACCCCGACCCGGCCCAUUGGUGCCCAGCAGUUUUCCCAGCCCCGUGGUCCUUCCUGCCUUUCCUCGCCGUGGUUUGCUCGGGGAGACUUUCUGUUUGUUUUCUCCUCUCUCCUCUUUGUUGCUCUAAAACCUAUCUCGCCGAAGCCCCCGGCUCCUGAGCGAGCUCGACUUUUCAGAGGAAGGCGGCUGCCGCGCACCGCACCGGCCCUUCCUGCGGCCCCGCAAGCCGGCGCGCCCACCCUGCCUGCCCGACCCGCCGCCUGCGUUCGUUCGCCCGAGGAAGCCAGCCCAGAGUUCAUUGAUGCACCCAUUUCAGUGGUGUAACGGGUGUUUCUGUGGCCUGGGACUGGUAAGCACCAACAAGUCCUGCUCCAUGCCACCCAUCAGUUUCCAAGACCUCCCUCUGAACAUCUACAUGGUCAUCUUCGGCACAGGCAUCUUUGUCUUCAUGCUCAGCCUCAUCUUCUGCUGCUAUUUUAUCAGCAAACUCCGGAACCAGGCACAGAGCGAACGGUACGGAUAUAAAGAGGUGGUGCUUAAAGGUGAUGCCAAGAAGUUACAGUUAUACGGGCAGACCUGUGCAGUCUGUCUGGAAGACUUCAAGGGGAAGGACGAGCUAGGUGUGCUUCCCUGCCAACACGCCUUUCACCGCAAGUGUCUGGUGAAGUGGCUGGAAGUACGCUGUGUCUGCCCCAUGUGUAACAAGCCCAUUGCUGGUCCCUCAGAGGCCACUCAGAGCAUCGGGAUUCUACUGGAUGAACUGGUGUGAGUGCCGCCUCCAUACGGAGGCGUGGAGAAGACUGGAGAAGACUCCGCCUCCAGCCUCGCAGCGGGGGGACCAGAUCCUUCCACGCAGCUGUGGUGAACAAGACUGUUGGGUGGCAAUGGUCAUGCUGACCUGGAGGGGAGGGGGCGCAGGGCUGGCCUUCCACCAUCAGGAGGAGACUAGACUUGCCCCCUUCAUUGAGUCCUGAAGCCUUCUUCCCAGCUACUCCACACUGACGGCAUGGCCCAUCCGGAAGCCUGUAUCCUGGCACUGGACUGUGCCUGCCUUGUCCCACCUCUAGGGAAAGAAAUCUACUCCUGUAGGGCCAAGAACUUUCAGCACCCCACCUUGAGGGUUCCCCUGAGGUGGACAUGUUGCCCUGACCUAGAAGAAGGGAUGAGCUGGGCUCUGCCCCACCCGUUAUUUCCCUGCCCCCUCCCCAGUCCUUCCAGAGGAAGGUUAGAAGGGGAGGGAGGAGAGAUGGUAGAACCAAGUGCCUCCAGUGAAAGCCAGGGAGCAAGGCACUGGAGGAAAUCAAAUCAGGAAGAGCAGGAACUAAAAGAAGCAAAGUCGCUGUUUACAUGGGACCUGUGGAAGCGAAGGCUGGCCACCUGGCCUGCUGACUGCAGGGGGGUGGAGGGCAGCCCCUCCCCCGCUGGCAUUGAGGUGCUAUCUGUUCACUGAUCUCAGAGCUUCCUGUUCCAGGUUGGGUGCUCCAUCCCCCCCACCCCCCACCCCCACCCCAGCAGAGGAAGGGCUUGUUCUCCACCCAAGUGGAUUCCCAGGGGUUUUGUCUAAAGGAGGAAAAAGGGGCCUGGGGAUGGGGGUGUCUGAAGAGUAAGGUCGCAAUAGACCCCCCCUUCCCCCUUGUAAAUAGUAUUUUUAUACUUAAUCCUCACCAUCUCAGGCUUUAUACGUGGAAUUCCCCCCAGUGGAAAAGGUGGGGGUUUUCUUUUCCUCCCCCAAGCGGGUGAGGGUGGGGAAAAGGUAUGUAUUUAAAGAAAAUUAAAUUUAAUAACAAGUUUCUUUUAACCUUUUGCCAGUAGCUGUGGCCUGUUCUCUCUACUCACUUCUCCAUGCUCAAGGCAGACACAUGUGCAUGAAGGUGCCUAAUCCUUGAUAAGAAGUAUCAGUAUUAGAUUAUUACCUGCUCCACAUGGGUUAGGUUAGGGCUGACAUCAGUGUGCCAGGCUCAUUCAUAUGAUUUCUAGAAUAUUUGUAAAGAAAGUUGAUUAUGCCGCCACAGCAUUCCAGCUAGUAGGACUCGUCAGUCAUACAACUCUUGUAAUUCAAGCCAUUGAACUCCUAACACAAUUCAAGGUCCAGGUAGCUGCCAUAGAGGCUUGAUUUCUUUGACCGAUGUCUGUUUUUCUUCUCCACUGGCUGACAAGUCACACCCUGUAUAGCACAUCUAGAAAUAUCAUAUCGUUAACUGGUCAUGCUCCUAUGGCUGCACUCAGAUUUGACACCUUCGCCCUGCUACUUUGUCAAUAUCUUCAAGGGGUGGUGAGUCCAUCAUGCAUUUGCAAAAUGGAUUGAGAGGGUUGGGAACAAAUUUCAUAGCUCUCAUAAGCACGGAGCAGCUGGGCUGUGAUUGCCCCCUGCUCUGUGGAAUAGGGCAGGACCAAUGGUCAUCCCAGUCAAUGAACUUUGGGUACUGUGCCCAGGAGGAGCAUCCAUUGAGCAUCUGUAGUGGAUGAUGCCCGUGCACUCAGAGGAACCAGGCCAACAGGAGAGGUGUGGUGCCCCCCAACCCUGCAGUUACACCACAGAAGCUGUUGGUACAGUUGGUGCUCAUGGCUGGGCAGACCCGGGUGCAGCUGGGCACCUGACACUCAAAGGAGCAGCUGCUUUUAGCUCCUGGGCUGUUGCCUUGUGGAGGAGAGAAACCCCAGGUGACUGUCAAGUGAUGUGCUUGCCACUAUCCAAGAGCAUGGACUUUUCUUUUUUUAAUUCUGCAAUGGAUGACUUUUAAAGAAAUCCUAUGUGUAUCCACCAUUGACAAAGCCAGGGAUCAGAUACGAGCCAUAGUUUCGACCUACGCUACAGCUGUGGCUCCUUUAACCCAUUGUGCCAGAUGAAGGAUUGAAUCUGUGUCCUGGCUCUGGAGAGAUGCCGCUGAUCCCACUUUGCCACAGCUCAAACUCCUCACUUGGGCCUUUUAUGCCUCCCCAGUUGUGCCAUGUUUUCCCCAUUAGCCUAACCCCACCUCUGCCUUCCAUUCUACCACCCUCUCCGUCCCUGUGGGCAUUAGAAUAACCUCUUGAAUACCCCUGACUGUAUCACUCACAGGGUACUCUUUUGUUAAAGCCAGGCACACAGAUUCAGAGGGACAGAGGUGGCCAAAUGAGAGACAAGCAGGACAAACUGAUGACCAGUCAUGCAAGCUGGUACAAAGCCAUUCAUGGGAAAAGAGUCAAGCUGUUUCCCACGCCCCAUGCCAGCAACAGCGUUGGAUUCCUAGUGAUCCUAUUUUAAAAAGCAUACGCAUGUAGUUCCCUUCCUGAUAAACUGGCAGCCUCCACAGAUGCGGAGGACAUCACCAAUGUCACCUUUGUGCUUUGGCAUGGCCUUUGAUCCUGCCUCCAUGUGACAGUCUGAGCUCCAACCUAGGGCCUUUCCUCUACAAAAGGGAAACUAACAGCACCAACACCAGGGGGCCCGGGAAGUUAUUUUUGAUGGCUUUGGAGUAUUCUUCACAGUCUUUCACCUGUCACAGGCUUUUUUCCUUUCUUUUCUUUUCUUUUUUUUCUUUUCUUUUCUCUUUUCUUUUCUCUUCUUUCCUCUUUUCUUUUCUUUUCUUUUCUUUCUCUUUUUGGGGGAAUGCCCGCAGCAAGUGGAAGGUCCUGAGCCAGAGAUCAGUGCAGUGACAACGCCGGAUCCUUAACCUGAUGCUCCACCAGGGAACUCCCUCAGCACAUUUUUCUUUACUUUCCUUUUUUUUGGCCAUGCCCGAAGCAUGGGAAAGGUCCUAAGCUAGGGAUCAACCCAAGAUACUACAGUGAUAAUGCCAGAUCCUUAACCUGCUGCUCCACUGUGGGGAACUCACUAAGCACAUUUUUCUUAUCCAUCCUCUCUCUUCUCUAAUUCUUUUUUUUCUCCCUCUUCCUUUCUUUGCCACUCUUUUCCUUCAUCCUAGCCUAUUCUCUGAGAGAACUCCAAAGCCACUGCAGAACCUCCCGCUGGGCCAUCAUUGUCAUGAAUGAUUGAAAAGAUAGGUCAGUUACAAAGGGGUUACACCCAAGUGAUUGCGUAAGCCACCCAGGGACCAGCUCUGAAUUUCACUGUAUUUAAUAUAUGUGUGCGUUAAGUCUCAAGAAGGUGGCUGAUAUCCUCAAAGACAGGAAUGGGAUCCAUGGUGAUGCUGAUGCAUUAAGGAUACGAUGCAAUGUGAGAGAGGACAAAAAAUCCAACCCCCAAAGAAGGAAAAACCAGGUUUGUUUCAGGAAGGGAAAUGGAUCUGGAGGCACGAUGGAUAGCAACUCAGUGACAUAUAUAUAUAAAUUGUACAUCUAAUGUUUUAAAAACAAGUGAACUGAGUAUAACCAGAAAUCUGCCUCAGAUAUGAAGAAGAUAAGUCCCUUCUGAUCACUCAUGCAUACAUUUUGAGUUGAGGCUUGUUUGAAAAAUAACUCAGGUAUGAAAUCACUUUAUAUUUAAGGAGUUCCCCUUGUGGUGCAGUGGAAACAAGUCUGACUGGUAUCCAUGAGGAUGCAAGUUCAAUCCCUGGCUUUGCUCAGUGAGUGUUUCGGGGAUCUGGCGUUGCCGUGAGCUGUGGUGUGGGUUGCAGAUGUGGCUCGGAUCUGGUAUUGCUGUGGCUGUGGCAUAGGCUCUGACUCAACCCCUAGCUUGGGAACUUCCAUAUGCCUCAGGUGCAGCCCUAAAAAAACAAACAAACACACAAAAGUAAAAUGUGAUCCUGGUGGUAAAGCAUCCUUUGGUGCUUUGGGUAAUAUUUAACCUUGCUAAAUUAUGUGCCAGAUGUCAAGGCAAAAAGAGAGAAAAGCAUCAAGAGUGUAAGACAUCCUUGCCCUCCUGAACAUAUUAACAUUUCUUCCACAAUUACCCAUGGAAUAUUCUCAUUUUGGACUUUUUCCACACCCUAAAUUUAGCAAGCUAGAAUUAUCUUUUAAGCACCACUUUAAGCAAACUUUUUGAAAGGGAGACUGCCGAGGAGGGGGAAAUCUGCAUUUCUUUGUGGUUAGGAUGUAAUGUCUUCAAUUUAAUUAUGAUGCAAAGAAGCAGACUCCUGCUUUAUUAUAUGCUGAGGACAGAGCCAAGAGAGUACCCCAGCAAAUUCAUUACAGGUUUAUAAGAUUAAAAACUCAUACAUUCAUAUUGAGAAACAGGCAGUGCAUUAUAGGUUUGCUUUGUGUGUUCUGGCGAUUGGGCACACUGAAUGGAAUAAUUGCCUUAAGUGUGCCAGGCGGAUUUCAUUAUUGAAAGGAAUUCUGUUUGAGUUUUUAAUGACUUAAAAAAGUCUUUAAAAUAAGAUCUAAGGGCUUUUUCACUUUUUAACUUAUAUACUUUGAAACACUGAAAUCUUCAUGUAAAAUCAGUUUUUCUUAAAGUGAGCCAUGGCUAUAGAAUAAAAUAAAUUAGAAAGAAUUUCUUUAAAGUCUAGUUUGCAAAAAAAAAUGCACGAAGCAAGCACAGAUCAAGAAAGAGUCGUUUUGAAUGCACGGUUUUUGUUCAUCAUUAUUAGUUUUCAAAGGGGUGAAGGUUCUGUAUUUGAGAAACAAAAAGUUCACUGGCAAGAGUCAGCAAUGAACUGAGGCUAUGUUUUAGGAAACAAGGGGUCUCUCCCUUCUGCUCCUCAUUAUGAGGUUAAUUCAUAUAGAGGAAUAAACAAAGCCAGCACUGGAAUCCAAAGAAUGGGUUUUAAACCCAGCUCUGCCUCUAAUUAGCUGGGAGGCCCUGGCCUUGUUCCUUAGUCUCUCUAAGCCUUGCUUUUCUCCUCUGUGAAAUGGAGAUCAUAGUAACUGCCUCCAAGUGUGGUUAAGAAGCAUACAUAAAAGAAUGCAGAAUAAAGGCUCAAAGUCAUUUUCAAAUAUAAGCUAUUUUAGUUUCUAAAGUCAAGAUCCCCAAUAAGGGGACUAAAUGAUAGGUCCAGAAGAAACAAGAAAGCUUGCGUAUUUCCUCCAGUCAUCCCAAUUAAUGCAUCACUCUUUGGUGAGCAUGCACUUUAUCACAGGUGCUGCAUUCAUGUUGCAUAAAAAAGGAUUUGCUUUAUUUCACUGGGCCUAGCUGAUAGCCAUUGAACAUGCCAUUUGUGGAGAAGUCUGAUAUGGAAUUUUUUUUUUCUCCUUUUUUUCCCUAACUGCCACACCUACGGCAUGUGGAAGUUCCCAGGCUAGGGGAUCGAACUGGAGGUGCCGGCCUACACCACAGCCACAGCAAUGCUGGAUCUGAGCUGCAUCUUCAACCUAUGCUGCAGCUUGUAGCAGUGCUGGAUCCCUAACCCACUGAGCAAGGCCAGGGAUUGAACCUGCGUCCUCACAAACCGUAUGUCGGGUUCUUAACCCACUGAGCCAUAAAGUAAUAACUAUACUUAAAGUCAACUAUUGAAAAGUACAUAUUUCAAUUUUUUCCUAUUUAUUCAACAGCCAGCACAGAGUAAUUGAGUGCCUCCUAUGUGCCAGCCACUGUGUCCUGUGCCAAAGUACAAAAUCCAAGAGGGUCUCUACUCCUAAGUCAUUUGUGGUAUAAUAAGAAAAAUAGAGACUAAACAAACUUCUACACAUGCCAGCCAUAGAAAAGUGUGCAGUGCCUUCCUAAGUUAAACCGAGAGCAGGGUAUGGAGGUGACUACAGGAGAGGCCUUUAAGCAAGACCAGUAGAGGCACUGAGGCUGAGCUCAGAAGAUUGACAAGAGUUGGGGAAAGGCUGGACAGAAGAGCAUAUGUGAGAACUUCGAGGCAAAAUUGAGCUUGGAUAGUUGGAGAACAAAUCCCAUGUGGUUAGAGCUUCGUGAGAGGCAGGAAAAUAGUACAAAGCAAGGUUGAAGGGACACGGGGGUCAGAUCAUGUAUGGCUGUGGUGAGGAACUUCAAUUUAUGAUAAUGGGGAUUUAAGAAGAGAAGUCAAAAAAAAAAAAAGGGGGUCCCCGUCGUGGCGCAGUGGUUAACGUAUCUGACUAGGAACCAUGAGGUUGAGGGUUCGAUCCCUGCCCUUGCUCAGUGGGUCAAGGUUCCGGCGUUGCCUUGCCGUGAGCUGUGGUGUAGGUCGCAGACACGGCUAGGAUCCUGAGUUGCUAUGGCUCUGGCGUAGGCUGGCAGCUGCAGCUCCGAUUUGACCCCUAGCCCGGGAACCUCCAUAUGCCGCAGUUGUGGCCCAAGAAAUGGCAAAAAGACAAAAAAAAAAAAAAAAAAAAAAAAAGAAGAGAAGUCACCUUAUUUGAGUUAGUUGUUCAAUGGAGAUGAGAUGAAGGACAAGAAUGGAAGCAAGAGGCCAUUUGGAAGGAUAUUAGAUUAUUUCAGGGGAGGUAGACUUGGCCUGAGAUGGUGAUAGUAUCGGCAAAGGAAAGUUGAGGAAUUCAAGACAUGUAUUAGUUACAUUUUAUAUAUAUUUUAUAGCGCUCUAUAAUCUUUCAAAAAAUUUCAGAUAAGAGUCAUUUGGUGCUUGUUUUAUAAACUUUAUGAACAUGUAAACCUUCAACAUAAUUAGUAUAUCCUUUUUUUUUUUUCUUCUUUUGUGGCCACCCUGUGGCACACAUGUGGAUUUCCCGGGACAGGGAUUGGAUCGGAGCCAUAGUUGCAACCUAAGCCACAGCUGUGGCAAGGCUGGAUCCUUAACCCACUGUGCCAGGCGGGCUGGGGAUUGAACUUGCAUCCCAGCAUUCUCCCAGCUCUCCCAAAACACAGCCAAUCCAUUGCACCACAGUGGGAGCUCCUAAUUAGUAUAUUCUUUAGUUCAUGAGUUAUAGUCACAAUCAAUGCUGAAAAUUGUAUAGCCUCUGGGUUCCAUCCCUGGCCUGGGAACUUCCACAUGCCACAGACACAGCCAAAAAAAAAAAAAAAAAAAAAAUAUAUGUAUAUAUAUGGUCUCGUAUCAUAUGCAAAAGGACAUGGUCUUUGCCUCACUCUCCACAGGUAUUCAAGGCUUGUAAAUACUGUACUAUCAUUUUUCUAUUUGGCCUAUACUCAAAAAGGUAGCUUUGCUGCAAGCAGUAAUUAUUUUACAGUGUAUUUCAGAGUCCUAUGAUUAACCAUGUUUAGACCAUAGAAACCUUGAAAGAUGUAGCUGCAAUACAGUCAAGCUGUAAUCACAUCAGUUUUCACUCCUAGUUGAAUGAAAGAGAUCAAACACUUCUUUUUUACUUUCUCUCACUUUGGCUUUUCCUUAUGAAGAGUUUUUCACCCUAAAUCAUCAAUCAUUAGCUGAAAGGUGUUGCUAAAUGUUUAGCCACAAAACCUCUGGAAUUUACUGCAUUCUUCCAGUUCUCCUUAAAAGAAAGAUUUAAGAAUUUAAUCUCUCUAUACAUAACCACGUUCAUACAUAAUUUUACGUAAAUAUAAUCACAUAUAUAUGCUUUGUAAAAAUACAUAGUCAUCUUUUCUUUCCAUUUACUUUCAGUUUGGUUUUGCUAAGCUCCUCCACCUUCCUAUCUUUUCUUUACCCCACAUCAGCACCCAAGGGCAUUUGUGCUAGAACCUAGGAUGUUUCCUCCCACAUAUUCUCCUUAUUCAAGUAUUGCUUUUUUUCUUUUUUUUUUCCAGGGCUGCACCUGAGGCAUAGGGAAUGUCCCAGGCUAGGGGUCGAAUUGAACUACAGCUGACAGCCACAGCUACAGCAAUGCGGGAUCUGAGCUGCAUCUGUGACCUACACCACAGCUCACCGCAACAUCAAACCCUUGACCCACUGAACAAGGUCAGGGAUCAAACAUACAUCCUCAUGAAUACUAGUUGGGUUCUUAAACUAAUGAGCCACAACGGAACUCCCUUAUUCAAGUAUUCUUACACCUACACCUACAUAUGUAUCUACAUAGACAGGCAGGUUUAUUUGUUUGUUUUUGGCUGAGGUAUGCUGUAGAUUGAUGUGGGAUCUCAGUUCCCAGACCAGGGAUUGAACCUAGGCCCUAGGGGUGCAAGCACUGAAUCCUAACCUCUAGACCAACAGGGAAUUAAUUCCCUGGCAUUCAUUUUUUUUGGGGGGGGAGAGCAUUCCUGAACCACAAUAGAUACUUAACCCUCUGCACCACAAGAGAAUUUCUGGCAUUUAUUUUUAAAGCACAGUCUUAUAUGAGUUCCCUCCAUGGUACAGUAGGCUAAGAAUCUGACUUCAGCAGCUUGGGUACUUGCAGUGGUGCAGGUUCAAUCCCCAGCCUGGAGCAGCGGAUUAAAGGAUCCAGCAUUGCCACAGCUGUGGCGUAGGUUACAGCUGUGGCUUAGAUUCAGUCCCUGGCCUGAGAACUUCCAUAUGCCAUGGGUGUGCCCAUAAAAUAAACAGUAGAAGAAAAAGAAAAGCAUUGUCCUAUAACUGGGAGAUCAUAGCAUCUUUUGCAUCUUACAUUUACCAUUGAACCACACCUUGUGGAAAUCCCUUCUGGGCCUCUGGUUCUUUCAUUAAAUGGCUGGAUGAUUCCCCAGUGGGGAUGUGCUGUUGAUGAGCCUAUGAUUUUUUUUUUUUUUGAUUUUUACCUUAUGAAGAGUCACACAAGGAACCUGCUUGUUCAUUCUCGUGGUCAUGAACCCAUAUCCUUACAUAUAGUUAUUUGUAGCAGAUAAAGGGUACAUGUCUCAAGAGUACAGCUGCCACUGAAUUCACUUAAUCCUUUAAGGGAUGUUGCCAGAUUCUUUUCAAAAGCUGGACGAGGAAAAAGUGCCAAAGAGAGGAGGGCACCCUUGGAUAAAAUACCUACUCCAUGAAUUUAAGUUGUAUGGAUUAAAUGAGGGGAUAAGUGCAGAGUAAAAACCAAUCUAGGGAGUGCCCAUUGUGGCUCAGUGGAAAUGAACCUGACUAGUACCCAUAAGGACAUGGGUUCGAUCCCUGGCCUUGCUUAGUGGGUUAACGAUCUGGUGUUGCUGUGGCUGUGGUGUAAUCUGGCAGCUGUACACCCUAGCCUGGGAAUUUCCAUAUGGGUGCAGCCCUAAAAUAAAGCAAAAAAAAAGACCAAUCCAGUUGACAUUAUUAUUAGUUUUUUUCUAAAGACUAUGGGCUUCCCAGGUCACUUCCCAGGCCUCUGUUGGCUGGACAGGGGGUGCAUUCAUGAAGUACACAAUGAGAGUGACAGUCUAGGAUUGUGUAUCUGGAGGCUCUACAAAGGAAGGGGAGAGCUGGGGAGAGCAAAGACUCAGGAGUCAAAUGCACCCAGCUUUAAUCGAAGCUUUACCACUUUCUGCUGUGAGAUCAUGGGCAAGUUACUCAACAUCCCAGAGCUUCAGUUUCCUCAUCUGCAGGAUGGAGAUAAUGACACCAAUCUCCUGUGAGAAGGAAACAAUGGACCUAAGGUCCUGAGCAGAGUGUCUGGUGGCCCUUAAAGGUGCCAUUUUCUCAAAAGUUUCAUUAUAGCUUUGCCUCAUACCUACCUAUCACUGGGUCCCCCAGCAGAUAAAAACCUAUUGAAGGAAGGAUCUCCAUUGAAUUCAGCACUGCAUCUUUGUAUACCCCAUCUCUCACUUGGUUUUCUCUCUUACCAACUACCAUAAGGUCUUUGUUGCUCAAUCAAACCAGCACUGAUUAAAAAAUAAGAACAGGAACAAUAAAAUUUUAUUGUGGAAAAUAUCAGACAUACAUUCCAACAUAAAGAGUAAUAUAUAUAAGAACAGUCACAGGAGUUCCCAUUGUGGUUCAGCAGGUUAAGAAGACAAUGUGGUCUCCAUCAGGAUUCAGGUUUGAUCCCUUGCCUUGCUCAGUGGGUUAAGGAUCUGGAGUUGCCACAGGCUGCAUUGUACUUGCAGGUGCAGUUCAGAUCUGGUGAUGUUGUGGCUGUGGCAUAGACCAGCAGCUGCAGCUCUGAUUCAACCCCCAGCCUGUGAACCUCCAUAGGCUGCAGGUGUGGCCAUAAAAACAAAACAAAACAAGAACAGCCAUGACCCAGAUUCAACAUUAUCAACAGGUUGAUAAUCUUUUUUCACUCAUUUAUUGAUCACUCCUUCCCAUCACCCCUCUCUACGGAGUAUUCAAAAGUGAAUUCCAGAUAUCAUAUGAUAUCAAUUGUUAAUACUCGUGGGAAUUUCUAGUACAAAGUAGGAUCUGGUGACCUCUGAGAGGUUUCCAAGACCCUAUUCAGAAGAUCUGCCAGGUCAAAACUAUUCUUAUAAUAAUAUUAACAUAUUGUUUGUCUUUUUUAUUCUCAUUCUUUCCUGAGUAUACGGUGGGGUUUUCCCACACAGACUGAAUGCAGCAGCAGAUCUGAGGACCCAGCUGUCUCCUACUAAACCAGAUCUGACAGUGGCAAAUUUUUUCGAAUCUAUUUACAAAAAUGUAAAAUAAUGCCACUCAUCUCUCUUUUUGUUUUUUCUUAGAAAAUGUAAUUAUUUAAAAAAAAAUAAGUUUUUAGUUAGCAUGCAAUUGAUUUACUCUUGCUAGAUUUAAAAAAAUUCAAUGGAUAUUUUAAAAAUUUGUCACUUUUGGAGUUUUCCUGUGGCAGAGCUGAAGGAUCUGGCCUUGUCACUGGGGCAGCUUGGGUCACUGCUGUGGCCUGGGUUUGAUCCCUGGCCUGGGAACUUCUGCAUGCCGUGAGUGUGGCCAAAAAAUGAAAAAUAAACUUGUCAGUUUUAAUUUCUAACAUAGAAAAAUAUAUCUAUUGAAAUAUCUAACAAAAAGAAAAGCUCUUUGAAAUUCUCAAUACUUUUUAAAUUAGUUUUUUUAACUGAGAUUUAAUUCACAUUCCACAAGAUUCAACACUUUAAAGUAUAUAAUUCAGGGAGUUUCCGCUGUGGUUCAGCCGGAACAAACCCGACUGGUAUUCGUGAGGAUGCAGGUUCAAUCCCUGACCCGAACAGUGGGUUAAAGAUCCAGCAUUACCAUGAGCUGCAUCAUAGCUCACAGAUAUGGAUGGAUUUGGCUGCUGUGGAAAAAAAAAAAAAAAAGUCCUGAGAACUGACAAGAAGUAAAAACACUUUCAAUUCUUCCUUUCUUUCAUGCUUGUUAUUUAUUGAAGAAACCAGGUAAUUUGUGGAAUUUUCAUAUUCUUAGCUUAGCUGACCAUAUUGUCUUGGUGUCUUUUCUUUUUUUUUUCUUUUUUUCUUUUUUUUUUUUUGUCUUUUAUCUUUUUAGGGCCACACCCGCAGCAUAUGAAGAUUCCCAGGCAGGCAUCUAAUCGGAGCUGUUGCCGAUGGCCUGUGCCACAGCCACAGCAAUGCCAGGUCCGAGCCUCGUCUGCCACCUACACCACAGCUCACCAGAUCCUUAACCCACUGAGCGAGGCCAGGGAUCGAACCAGCAACCUCAUCGUUCCUAGCUGGAUUCAUUUCCACUGUGCCAGGACGGGAACUCCUGUCUUGGUGUCUUAAACUGUUUCUGUUCUUCAUAUUUCUUGCCAUUUAGUAGUUAGAUCUAAAAGUUUGAUUAAAUUUAGGGCCAAUUUUUGUGUAAGAUUAUUUCAUAGAUAGUGUGUAUUUCCUGUUGCAUUGCAUCAAGAGGCACAUGGUAUCUGUUGUCUCACUUUUAUUGAUGUUAAGAUAAAUCAGUGGGUUCAGGUUUUGUUAGCUUGAUUCAGCUAUUAUAAGUUUCCCUUCCACUUCAUAAUUCUAAUAGCCAUAGAUGACUGUUGGCUGACCCCAGCGUUUCAUUAGGACUUGUGAACAGUAUCUUUCUAAAGCUACUAGUUCUGUGGCAUUUAUUGCCCUUACAAACUAUUCAGGUACCCUGAAACAUAGAGCAGAAUAAAUGCUUGAUUUUUUUCCUUUACCAAACUUCAAAAUAAAGAGUUGGUUCCUCAGGUGAUCCAAGUGUAAAUGAGAGGGAUUUUUUUUUCUUUUUUAGUAUCACUUUGAAUUCAUGGGUUUAUAUAUAUUUGAUAUGUUUCAAUUCAUGAGUCUUUUUUUUUUUUUCUCAGUCUUUUUAGAGCCGCCACCUGUAGCAUAUGGAAGUUCCUAGGCUUGGGGUCGAAUUGGAGUUGCAGCUGCUGGCAAAAUAGGAUCUGAGCCACGUCUGCCACCUGCACCACAGCUCAUGGCAAUGCCAGAUCCCCAGUCCACUGAGUGAGGCCAGGGAUUGAACCUGUAUCUUAACAGAUACCAGUCAGGUUUAUUACCACUGAGCUGCGACAGGAACUCCAACUAGUCAUUAUUUUUUAAGCCCAAAUUUUUCCUUCUUUGGCCAAGGGUGCCUCUUCAUCAUUGGGGUUUUUCUUGACAUAACCUCAGUAGUAUUUGAUAGCUACUUUACUUUCUGUUACAAUUAAAUGCCAUGGGCUCAUCUUACUCAAUCCUUACCUCAGUUCUAAAAUUAGUCACUUCCAGAGUUCCAAUCUUAGCUCAGCAGAAACGAAUCUGAGAAGUAUCCAUGAGGACACAGGUUCGAUCCCUGGCCUUGCUCAGUAGGUUAAGGAUCUGGCGUUGCCGUGAGCUGUGGUGUAGGUCACAGACACAGCCCAGAUCCAGGGUUGCUGUGGCUCUGGUGUAGGCUGGAAGUUGCAGCUCCAAUUCAGCCUCUAGCCUGGGAAUCUCCAUGUGCCAAGGGUGUCGCACUAAAGACAGAAAGAAAAAAGAUGCUUUAAAAAUAAAUAAAAUUAGUCACUUCCUAAAGGAAUUCUGGUUCCUCAGUGGCAAUGGCAUUUAGAUUAUGAAUUUGAACACUAGGGCUGUUCAUAGUCUGGAUUAUCCUUGAUUCUUGGCCUUUUCAGUAGACACUGCUAGGAUAUAUUUUGUAGAAAGAGAAAAAUUGUGAAUUCAUCCUACCAUUGCCAAUUCAAAUUUUGGAUGAUAGAAUUUACACCUGGAGUUUCCUGAUGGCUCAAUGGUUAAGGAUCCAGACUUGUCACUGCUGUGAAUUGGCUCACUGCUGUGGUGCCAGUUCAAUCCCUGGCCUGGGAAUUUGUACAUGCCUCAGGUACCACCAAAAAAAAAAAAAAAAAAAGAAGAAUCUACAUAUAACUUCAUUGAUUGAUUGUGUGUGUGUGUGUGUGUGUGUUUAGGGCCUUACCCUCAGCAAAUGGAGUUUCCCAGGCUAGAGGUCAAAUCAGAGCUGCAGCCUCUGGCCUAUACCACAGUCACAGCAACUCCAGAUCUGAGCAGUGUCUUCAACCUACAUCACAGCUCACCACAAUACCAGAUCCUUAACUCACUGAGUGAGGCCAGGGAUCCAACCCGAGUCCUCAUGGAUACUAGUCAGAUUCAUCUCCACUGAGCCACAAUGGGAACUCCCAACUUCGUUGAUUUGAUACUUGUAUCUCUUUAUCUUUCACUGAAGACCUUGGUUUCUAUUUAUAUGUUGUUUACACCAGUGGCAUACAGAAGUUCUCUGGCCAUGGAUCAAAUCUGAGCUGCAGCUGCAACCUACACCCUAACCCACUGCACUACAGUGGGAAGUCUUUAAAAUAAUUAUGUAAAAUACUUAGAUGAUGCUAAAGUCAAAACUAUAACACAGAGUAUAUGAAAAGAAGUCUAGCUUCCAUACCCAUUUUUUCCUUCUUCUUUUCUUAUACAUAACACUUUUUAUUAGUUUGUAAUUUAUACUUCCAUUGCUGCUUAUUUAAAAUGCAAGGAAAUGGAGUUCCCUUAUGGCACAAUAGAUUAAGGACCUAGCAUUGUCACUGCAGCAGCUUGUGUCACUGCUGUGGCACAGGUUCAAAUCCCUUGCCCAGGAACUUCCAGACACCACAGGCACAGAAGAAAAAAAAUAAAUAAAAUGUAAGUAAAUGCACCCAUCCUUCUUAGGAGGGAGGCAAGCUUUUUUCGCUUAAUAUAUCCUAGGGUUCCAUGGCCUCCACAGAGAUGGUCUUCAUUCCUUUGUAUAGAUGCACAGAACUGCAUUGUGUGGCUGUACCGUGGUUUAUUCAGCCAGUUCUCUGUGGAUGGACAUGUGGGUUCAACAACCAUUUAUCGCAUGACUAAACUGUGCCAGGCACUGGGGAUAAAGGCAUGGUCUCUGGUCUCAGGAAACUCAGAGUGUAAAGGGGGUGAACCCUUCCAAUACAAGUACUUUCCUCAUAAGGGAGUGACAUCUUGCAUGGGCUUAGCAGGGGAGACACGUGGAACAGGGCAGUCAGUCCCACAAGGGAGGAACACAGUAACUGUCUGGGAUUGGCAUCUUGCUCCCAUAGUUGUGCAAUAUAUGGGAGAUAUAUGGGAGAUCUUGGGUGUAAUAUAUGGGAGAUCUCCAUAGGCGAGAUGCCCCUUGGGGAGAGUUUUUAGUCGCUGUUUGAAAUUGCUUAGAAAAUCAUGAGUGCCACCAAUUGGUCAGAGAAAGGAAGGAAGGCCAAGUGAAAGAGGUAGAGAGGAAAGGUCCUAACCAUAAAACUCCCCGGAAAAGAGGAAAUGUUAAGUUAAUACAGAAGCUGUGGGUUAAUAAUAAAAUUAACACCUGUACAGAAUUUACCAGUGACCAGAAAUUGUUCUAAGCAAUUUACGUAUAUUUAACUUCUUUAUUUCUCAUAACAAUUCUAAGAAGGAAGGACUCUUAUUACCCACAUUUUAUUUUACUUCUGAUAAAAAUUAAGGGACAGAGAGUUUAAGUAACUUUUGCCUUAAGUCAUAGAACGAGCGAGGGCGGUGGCGGGGUGUAGGUUGGAAUGAGAAACGAAGCAAAGGUAGGAUAUGCAGAGUAGUUGCAAGCGGUGCGCUAUCCAAGGCGAGACCAAGCCCUGCAGCCUCCCUUCACUUUAAGCACCACCCCCUCACACCUCUCUUCCUACACACACACACCCACCCCCAUAUCACAUACACCUAGAUGGGAAAACCCUGUUAGGUCCUUCUCUGGACGCCCGGGGGCUCGGAAGCCAGAGGAAUCCCAAAGUCCAGAGGCAACCUGAUAGAUGCACGGCGAAAACUAAGCAGCCCUACGGGGCAGCGUAAGUUUGAGCAGCGGCUCAGGGUCUCCCGCCCAGGGUCCUUGUUUGAGAAGCGGCGGAUACAGCUUCCCCCCACCCCAAGCCCCCCACGCCUUGUCCGCCACUCAUCUCUCUGUGCCCCCGGCUCACUCCUUGGCACAAAGUGUGCUUCCCCGGGCUCCUACGACAGGAUGGAAGCUGUAUGAGGUCAUCGGCAAACUCCCAGGGAUGGUCAGGCGCCGUGACUCGCCCCUGGGGAACCCAAGGUCAAAUGUCCAAGAUUCACCGUCAGGGAACCCGCAGGGACAGGGACUAAGCGAUGCGUUGCGGGCGUGGCAGGUAAAGGGCUAGGAAAGGGGUUAGUCUUCCAGAACCGUGGUUCCUCUAGUUCUUUUUCCCUUGGAACCGGCAAGGAGCAGCUUCGAGCUCGCGAUCCCACUUAAGGAACAGCCGGGACACAGCUUCAGACGUCCGUGUCUGCAUCCACCUGUGGCCGGGAACCAUACCACGACGCUCAGACCACUAAAAUUUUUACCGAAUCCCCUUCAGUGAUCAGUCGCCAACUCUUUGCUCAACAGCGGACUCUUUCUCAAGACAGGAAUUCCAGGCAUGAAAACAUCAGUUCCAAAAACAGCCCAACGGGGGUUAAAAAUUGACGUCAGAACCGCGAAAGCACAGCAAAAUAACUACAAACAAUGAAGAUCAAUUAAAUGUCAAAACCAGCUCUGCAUUGCAAUAAAAAAAAAAUAAAAAAGUAAAGAUCCUCCAAGUUCACGUCAGACGGGUAAUGUGCCGAUGUCGUAACAAGGUUUGAGGGAGGCACAUAUCACGCAGGCGCGUGAACACCCAAUCAUCAUGCUUAUGAACUACAAAAGGAUCAUGACAACGCUCUGGUCGUGAACUGACGGAGCGUUGCUGCGGUAACGACGGGAGCUACCUUUGUGCUUUGCGGCAAUGACGUUAACUAGAUCCGGAUCCCGAUAGGCGCAGAGGCGCUGGAAGGGUUACAGCGGAUCCUCGCCCGCUUACAUCCUCGUCCUUCGUCUGAGGAAUGGAGCCUAGCAGCUCUCAGGAAUCCGCAGCUGGGCAAGGCUCUUUGCCUGCAGAGUGGCCUUCCUCCGCCCUCGGACAGGCUUUCUCCCAGAUCUUGCACCAGUUCAACAGCCAGGAAUCCCGACGGGGUAAGGCCAGAAAUACAGUCCUUCAGGACCUCAGUGCUCUAUUAGAAGCCAAAGAAUGUGAUAAGUUAUUUGAGGGGAGUGACAACUCGCUCCGUGGAAUGCCCGAGAUUCUAGGGCAGGUGGCAAAAGCCCUGGAGAAGCAUGCGGCCCCACCCAGGGAGCCGGAAGGGAGAGGUGAUCGUCACGCCGAAGUGGCGGAGAAAGCGGCUGCAGUUGGGUUGUUGUUUCUUAAGCUGUUGAGGAAAGUUGAGGCCGCCAGGAAUUCGUUGGUUUGCCCGGCAUGGAAGACAGGCCUCCGUCACAUGGCAGGAUCCAUCUAUAUUUUUGCCGUCACACACAGCUCGGAGCAACCAUGGACCAGCGCAAGAUCUCUGGUCAUCGCUGGGCAAGUGCUCGCCUUACUGCUUCAGGUUACUGAGUGUGGUUCUGUGGCUGGAUUCCUCCACGGAGAAAAUGAAGAUGACAAAGGGAGAUUUACUGCGAUAAUGGGGCUUCUGAAACCCGAGUUGAAUAAGGAAUCCUGGAAAAAUAACCCUGCCACCAAAUACGUUUUCUCAUGGACUCUGCAAAAGGUCACUCGACCCUGGCUGAGCCACCAUCUGGAAAGGAUACUUCCCCCAUCAUUGCUCAUCUCAGAUGACUAUCAAACUGAGAACAAAAUCCUAGGUGUCCACUGCCUCCAUCACAUUGUGCUCAACGUGCCAGCUGCUGAUUUGCUCCAGUAUAACAGGGCCCAGGUCCUAUACCAUGCCCUUUUCAACCACCUGUACACACCGGAGCACCACCUCAUUCAGGCAGUGCUCCUGUGUCUGCUGGAUUUAUUCCCUAUCCUGGAGAAAACCCUGCACUGGAAAGGAGAUGCAGCUCGACCCACCACACACUGUGAUGAAGUCCUGCAGCUGAUCCUGACCCACAUGGAGCCCGAGCACCGCCUUCUCUUACGCAGGACUUAUGCCAGAAACCUUCCGGCUUUUGUGAAGAGGUGAGUCCCUGGGGGCUGGGGCUGGCCAUACGCUACUUUAGCUCUUUGGUGACAUAUUCUCUUUUUGUUUUUAGGUUGGGGAUCCUAACUGUCCGGCACUUGAAGAGGCUGGAGCGGGUCAUCAUUAGUUAUCUGGAGGUUUAUGAUGGACCUGAAGAGGAGGCUAGAUUGAAAAUAUUGGAAACCCUAAAACUUCUCCUUCAGUAUACUUGGCCCAGAGUUUCCUGUAGACUUGUGGUCUUAUUGAAGGCUCUCCUGAAACUGAUAUGUGAUGUAGCAGGGGAUUCAAGCCUCACACCUGGGCCUAUUAAAAGCACCUUGUUAGAAGAGGCCACAGACUGCCUGAUUCUCCUGGACCACUGCUCUCAAGGACAGGUGAAGGUAAGCGACAGUCUGUGACUUGGUCUCAACUAGGCCUUAUCACCCUCAGGAAAAUCCUGUGAUUCUAAUUUACUAUUUACGUGCUUGACCAAGUCUAUAAAUGAACAUGGAGUGUUCACAUCUCUGCCUUUGAGCCUUCUGGCCUUCAGCAGUUUGAUUAAUACCUUAUUCUGCCUUUAAAGCUAUUCAGAACUCUUUAGACCAAAAGGCAAGAGGUGUUUCUGGAGCUAGGACAGAGUAGAUGUUUCUGGAGCUAGGACAGAGAAUGGGCAAAAGGAUCAUGAUCAAGAGUUUGUAAAAUUUAAAUUCUGUUUUAGUGGACUGAAUUAAAAAAAAAAAAAA